CUGGUCGAGACGGUUUAGCCGAUUUGUGAAAAGCCAAGCCCUGUUUCUAGAGGAUGACCUUGUCGAUGGAUGACUGCAUUCAAAAAGAGGUUACGCCUUAGUUGCUCGCAUGGGAGAACUCAUAGUAUUACCGGUUCUAGGUGGGAUCAGAGAAGAGAGGGAAAGAGCGUAUAUAAAGAAGAAUUUGAGACAACUUUCAGGGAAAGAACGGAAUUGCCAUGUAAGAUUUAUACAGUUAAAUAAAAGGAUAUACAUAUAUAGAGAGUGACAAGGUGACGGAGAUAAAAGAAAACGGAGCUAGGAACUGUGAAUUCAAUUUUGGACGCACGCAGGGAAUUUGACUGAAAAGUCAAAUCGGAUGUAAGAAGUUGAAGGUCCAAUGGGAGUAGCAAACAUGAAGAGGCACUUGUUGACUUACGCAUUAGUCUGCUCAAUAGCCUUCGCGAGGAGUGAAAUUAAUGCUCAAGAAUCCUCAAAGUUCACGUUCUCAAGUAUCCCAGUAGUCGAAGAUGCUCUCAAGGACUCUGCUAAGGAUUUAACCAAAUCUAAGGAUUUGGACGUGUCUGCUAGCGAUAGAACUUCCUCUGUUCUAGCAUUUCUUAUCGGUAGAGACUACAGUGGUUACGGUCCUAGUGGUUACGGUGUUGGAAGUAGCCUCCCUACUGCAUCUGGUGUAGGACUUUACGGUGUUUAUCCAGGAAUCGGUACAGGUUCUGCUUACGGAGGUUCUAUUGCGUAUCCUGAUACACGUUUGGGAACCGGAUAUCGAAGUUAUCAGAAUCCACUUCGCACUGGAGUUGUUGGUGGUGGCCAUACUGGUUACGGUUAUUACGGUUCUACCGGUGCUGCUGGUUUUGACGACUUAGGAGUUUAUGGGGGUAGUGCAGGCGCAUAUGGACUUCCUGGAUCACAAUAUGGAGGAGGAUAUGAUGACUUUUCUUUAACCUCUAAUCGCCGGCCUGGAGGCUAUGGUGGUCAGAAAUUUAUACCACCAUAUGGGAGUUACGGUGGGUCUGGUACUUAUGUUGGAUAUGGUAAAAACGAUGGAUAUGGUACCAACGACUAUGACAGCUACCAAGGUCGGGGCAUUGAUGGUACCUACGGAAACAACUAUGGUACAGGCAGUGGUUAUGAUCCAUAUGCUUAUCGUACUGGUAGUUAUGGCCGAGGAUAUAGUACAUCCAGAGGAUACAAUGUCUACCCAUCUGGAUAUCGGGGUUACUCUUAAAACAUACUGGAGAAAAUUAAAUUUAAUGGACGUUGAUAAAAAAUCUUCAUAUUUUAAGUGUAGUUGAACGAGUGACUCCGAAUACAAAUUUCUAUGAAAUUGUAUAAUUUACAUGAUGAUGCUCAUUUAAAGUUAUGAAAUAUAUUCGGAAUGAUCGUAAUUUCUCAACAACUUUUAGGUUAAAUUACAUUUUAAUUGCCAAAUACAGAUAAUUUAAACACGGUUACAAUCGUAACAAACUUUGUUUGUGUUUACAGAACUACGAGUUUAGUACAGAUAUAAUUGGAAGAUUAUGGAAAUGAUUAUUAAAUAUAUGGUCUAGACACUUAAUCAUUCGAAAUUACUUUACCGAAGCCAGUUUUAAUCGUCGUUCUGCUAAUUUCAACGAAAUAAUACUCCUCUUCUUGACGAUAUAUUUACUUGAUGUGAUAAGUGCUUUUGUAUUCUGAAAUAAGAUAUACCGUUUACAUAAGUUGUAUAGUUUGUCUUUAUGACUUCAUUAUACUGGUUUGUUAUAAAUUCAUGCAUAGUUAAUCGAGUAAUAAACAUUUAUAUUAUAUUACAAAGUUAA